AUGUCGAGGAGAAAGACGAGAGAGCCAAAGGAAGAGAAUGUGACUCUUGGACCAGCUGUUAAAGACGGAGAGAAUGUCUUCGGAGUUGUCCACAUCUUUGCUUCAUUCAACGACACUUUCAUUCACGUGACUGAUUUGUCUGGACGGGAAACACUUGUUCGUAUCACCGGUGGAAUGAAGGUGAAAGCCGACAGAGAUGAGUCAUCACCUUAUGCAGCUAUGCUUGCGGCUCAAGAUGUCGCUCAGCGAUGCAAGGAACUCGGGAUCACUGCCAUGCAUGUGAAGCUCCGUGCGACUGGUGGAAACAAGACCAAGACACCUGGUCCUGGUGCUCAGUCUGCACUAAGAGCCCUUGCACGUUCUGGCAUGAAGAUUGGUCGCAUUGAGGAUGUGACCCCAAUCCCAACCGACAGUACCCGCAGAAAGGGUGGAAGAAGAGGAAGGAGGCUCUGA